UGCCAAUCGUGGUCAGACGCUCUACCUUCUCUCUUAAUUCGCCGGAUCUAGCUUCUCACGGUCUCACCCAAUGCUUGAAUGCCGCCGGCGGAGGGCCAUGAGACCGUUGGCGCUGAAGGAAGCCCUUGUAUGCAGCGGCCAUCAACGACCCUUCUCGGACAUCAACGACCCUAAUUUCUCGUCAAACCUUCCGGAUGCUAAGAAUUCAAUCCUCCAACUUUCUCAUGUAAAUUGCAGAAGAUCGAAUAGUUCUAUAUGUCAAUCGAUUCUCACCGCUAGAGCAGAAUUUAAGCAUAUAUUAUUAGGGAGUGUUUGCAACUGCUUCUGCUUAAAAAAAAAGCACUUUUGGAGAUGUAAUGAAAAAGUGAUUAGUAGUAAAAGUUGAUAGUGUUUGAGAAAAAAGUGAUUUUGAAAAGUAAAAGUUGGUAGUGUUUGGUAAAAUAAGUGCUUUUUGUGUAAUAGAAAAGGGAAAAGCACUUUUCACACGCAAGCCGAGAAAAAGUAAAAAUUGGAAGUGUUUGGUAAAUAAGUGCUUUUUUAAGCCAAAAACUGAAAAGUGCUUUUUUUAAGCAAUUGCAAACACUCCCUUAAUCAUGUGGUGUAGAGGAGCUGCCAAGUCAAACCAAUACAUAUGAGAUAGAUAAGUAUGGCUGCCUGCAAUGAUGCUGUUGGCCCUUCUUGAUCUCGCACCACGUUGUUGUGCCCUCGCUCUGUUGCUGUGAUGUUUUGUUUGAUCUUUCUAACCCAAACAUUCGAAUUGAAGUGUUAACUGACCAUGCUUUUGUAAUGGACAACAUUGAACUGCCUUUUUUGCCGCUUUUGUGAUGUAUUUGCGCAUCUU